CUUCUUCUCAGUCGACUCUUUCACCUUUUAGGUUCAUGCAAUGGGUAUUGACAGUGGUUUCACAAACAAAAUUUCAAUGUCUCACCAGCACAAAAAUGACCACAAAGAUGAGCAAAAGCCUCUAAUUUUUGAUGCCUCUGUGCUUCGUCAUGAACCCAACAUACCAACCCAGUUCAUAUGGCCAGACCACGAGAAGCCUAGCGCCACAGCACCAGAACUUCCGGUACCUCUCGUCGACUUAGUAGGAUUCCUCUCCGGAGACCCUGUGGCGGCCACUGAAGCCUCGAGCCUCGUCGGCGAGGCUUGUCGAAAGCACGGUUUCUUUCUGGUAGUCAAUCAUGGUGUCGACGCCGGUCUCAUUUCCGAUGCUCAUCGGUAUAUAGACUCGUUCUUUGACCUGCCACUUUGUGAAAAGCAAAAAGCUCAGAGGAAGGCUGGUGAGCAUUGUGGAUAUGCUAGUAGCUUCACUGGAAGGUUCUCCUCGAAGCUCCCGUGGAAGGAGACACUUUCUUUCAGAUACUCUGCAGAUGCGAACUCUUCCCAUAUUGUUGAAGAGUAUUUGGGUAACACAAUGGGUCAAGAUUUCUUACAAUUCGGGAGAGUUUACCAGCACUAUUGCAAUGCAAUGAGUAGACUUUCUCUUGGGAUCAUGGAGCUAUUGGGGAUGAGCCUUGGUGUAAGCAGAGCCCACUUCAAGGAGUUUUUCGAAGAGAAUGAUUCGAUAAUGAGGCUCAACUACUAUCCACCAUGCCAGAAACCAGAACUCACACUAGGAACAGGGCCCCAUUGUGAUCCCACAUCGUUAACAAUCCUCCACCAAGACACUGUUGGUGGUCUUCAAGUGUUCGUGGACAAUGAAUGGAGGUCAAUUGGUCCCAAUUUCAACGCUUUUGUUGUUAACAUAGGCGACACUUUCAUGGCUCUUGCAAAUGGAAGAUACAAAAGUUGCCUGCACAGAGCUGUGGUAAACAAUAGAACUCCUAGGAAGUCUCUUGCUUUCUUUUUGUGCCCAAAGAAGGAUAAGGUGGUGAGCCCACCAUCUGAAUUGGUGGACACCAAGAACCCUAGAAUAUAUCCAGACUUCACAUGGCCGACCCUACUCGAGUUCACUCAGAAACAUUACAGAGCCGACAUGAAUACCCUCCAAAGUUUCUCAAAUUGGCUUCAACAGAAACCAGCUGAAGUCUUAUAAGAACCUGCCGGCCAGUGCCCGACGACGACGACGACGACAUUGAGAGGAGAGAGAUAGAGAGAGAGGCAACUGGGGGAGGGAGGGAAGAGAGUGAUGGGUAUGAAUUUGUACUAUGUUAGGAGAGAGAGGCAACUGGGGAGGGACGGAAAGGAAGAGAGAGAUGGGUAUGAAUUUGUACCAUGUUUGGAGGAAGACAGAUGCUUAAUUGAAGGGAAGGCCACUUUUUACUCUCUUUUUUUUCCCAGUAUUUAGGAGGUAAGUGAAGAUAGAAGAGAUAGAAGGAAG